CUACUGGUCUGACUUCUGGCACUCCGCAGAUGUAUAUAAUAAUGUAAGACAGAGAAAUGCAGUUGCACUCUGUGUGAAGAGAGAGAGACGAGAGAGAGAAUGAGAAUGGAGAGCAGGAAAAAGUAUGGAGAGAUAUGGGAGGUGGUGGAGGAAGUGGAGCUGGUCGAUGGCCACUGCCACAACGUGGUUUCAGUGGACAGCUCCUUCUCUUUCCUCAAAUGCUUUUCAGAGGCUGACCAUGAGGAGGCCCUUCAUGACGUCCCUCACACUCUCUCCUUCAAGGAAGAGGAUAUGGGCCAAAGCUUGGUUCGAUUCUCCAAAAAAUCAGAUUGGAACCAACAACAUGCAAGAUCCAUCUGUGCCUCUCAAGGUGUCUGGGCAAUCAACCGCUAUCAGCAUCGACACAUGUAGUCACUCCAAGACCAUAGGAAGCAGAGUAUAAUGGUCAUGUCCUGGAUUGCUCCAAAGAUAACCAUAUGAUAUAUGAUGAACUGCUGAUGACUCUGCUAGUUAAGGGUCACUCAUGUGCAGAUUGUGUACAUGAGCUCACAAGCAAAUGUGCAAUCAUAGACAAGUAGAUCAGACUAUCCAAUACUUGGCAAUGCUCUGUUAGAUUUGCUAAAAAGUCUCUAACACAUUUGGACACAGUCAAUUUCACCUCAAAUGGCGUAUUGAACCUCUUACAGUUUAUGAGGCGAGGAGAGGCAUACGGGACCUUGCAAGUUUGUAUGGGUGUGAAGAAUCACUUGAUGGGGUACAAAGUUAUCGCAAAUCCUCAGGAAUAGACUCAAUUUGCUCAAAAUGCUUUGGAGCUGCAAAUAUUGGUGUGAUCCUCGUGGAUGAUGGGCUUGCACUUGAUAAAAUGUAUGAUAUUGAGUGGCAUCAGACUUAUGCACCAAUUGUUGGCAGAAUUUUAAGAAUUGAACACCUUGCUGGGAAGAUUCUUGAUGAAGGGCUUAGGGAUGGACAGCAAUGGACAUUGGAAAUGUUCACUGAACUCUUCCUUAAGAGUUUGAAGUCAGUUGCUGACAAAAUUAUCGGCUUGAAGAGUAUAGCUGCAUAUCGAAGUGGUCUGCAAAUUGAUACACAUGUUAGUAAGAUGGAUGCUGAAGCUGGUCUUGUAGAAGCUUUAAGUGCCAGAAAGCCUAUUCGUAUCCAAAACAAAUCCUUCAUUGAUUACAUCUUCAUGUGCAGUCUGGAGGUCGCUAUAAGUUUCGAUUUGCCUGUCCAAAUACACACAGGUUUUGGAGAUGUGGACUUGGAUUUGAGGCUUUCUAAUCCUCUCCAUUUACGGACUGCACUUGAAGAUGAGAGAUUUACUAAGUGUCGAUUUGUUCUUCUUCAUGCAUCAUACCCAUUCUCUAAAGAAGCCUCGUAUCUUGCUUCUGUUUACCCUCAGGUGUACCUUGAUUUUGGCUUGGCAAUACCAAGGCUGAGUGUUAAUGGGAUGAUUUCUGCAGUCAAGGAACUUCUAGAGCUAGCUCCCAUGAACAAGGUAAUGUUCAGCACAGAUGCACAUGCACAUCCAGAACUUUUUUACUUGGGUGCUAAGAAUGCUCGGGAGGUCAUUGCAUCUGUUCUAUGUGAUGCUUGUGAUGAUGGUGAUCUUACCAUUCCCCAAGCUGUUGAUGCUGCCAAAGACCUCUUAAGGCGAAAUGCAUUAAGGUUUUACAAGAUAGAAACAAAGGAAGAGUCUCUUGUUUCCAACAAAUCAAUGGCCCACAACAUUCAGCCAAUUUGCAAGGAUUCUUCAGUCAGAGAAACUACAUUUGUUCGCAUUCUUUGGGUUGAUACUUCUGGGCAAUGUCGUUGCAGGGUUGUUCCAGGGAAACGCUUUUAUCAAGUUACAAAAGAUCAUGGUGUGGGUCUAACAUUUGCUUCAAUGGGUAUGACAUCAUUCUCUGAUGGGCCGGCUAAAGGUACUAAUUUGACUGGCGUGGGUGAGAUACGGAUUAUGCCAGAUACCACAACUAAAUGCAGGAUUCCAUGGUUGGAACAGCAGGAAAUGGUGUUGGCUGAUAUGCAGAUAAAACCUGGUGAAGCCUGGGAAUAUUGCCCAAGAGCAGUAUUGCAUCGAGUUUCAGCUAUCCUCAAAGACGAGUUCAAUCUGGAAAUGAAUGCAGGAUUUGAAAAUGAGUUUUUCCUCCUUAAACGUGUAUCAUGGGACGGGAAACAAGAGUGGGUACCAUUUGAUUUAACGUCAUACUGCUCAACUUCUGGAUUUGAUGCUGCAUCUUCAUACUUAACAGAUGUAAACUAUGCUCUUGAGUCAUUGGACAUUGUAGUGGAGCAGGUGCAUGCAGAAGGUGGUAGAGGCCAAUUCGAAAUAGCAUUGGGGCAUAAAAUUUGUACCUGCGCUGCUGACAAGUUGAUUUAUGCUCGAGAGGCUAUAAAGGCAAUCGCGAGAAAAUAUGGACUAUUGGCAACCUUCUUACCUAAAUUAUCUCCUGAUGAUCUGGGUUCAGGAACUCAUGUGCAUCUAAGUUUGUGGGAGAAUGGAAAGAAUAAAUUCAUGGCUGUCGAUGGUACGUCGACAAAGUAUGGAAUGUCAAACAUUGGAGAAUCUUUCAUGGCUGGAGUCUUCCAUCAUCUGCCUGCUAUUAUGGCAUUUACAGCUCCAUUGCCUAAUAGUUAUGAUAGAAUUCAACCAAGCAUGUGGAGUGGAGCAUAUCAUUGCUGGGGAAAAGAAAACAGAGAAGCUCCACUAAGGACAGCAUGCCCUCCUGGCAUAGCUAAUGAGGUGGUUAGCAAUUUUGAAGUUAAAGUAUUCGAUGGAUGUGCUAACCCGUACUUAGGUCUGGCUGCAAUUAUGGCAGCUGGCAUAGAUGGCCUCCGGAGAAGACUCACACUUCCAGAGCCCAUUGACACAGAUCCAUGUAGUCUCGAAGGAGACCUUAAAAGGCUUCCGACCUUACUUGAUGAAUCAAUAAUUGCUCUGGAAGGAGAUGAAAUCAUAAGAGAUUUCAUUGGACAAAAAGUCACGACUGCUGUUAUCGGGGUUCGCAAGGCAGAAGUUCAGUAUUACGCAAAGAACAAGGAUGCAGAAAAGCAACUCAUACACAUAUAUUGAUCAUGGAGGUACAUGGUAUAGAACCGACUGAUUAGUAGAGUGAGUAUGAUAUGGAUCUACAUCAUGAUAGCCUCUGACUAGGUUUUGAGCCUCUUGCCAAAUUAAUCUGUUAUUCAAACAGUUAUGGAGAAAUAAAUCUCUUGUGAUUGCUUUAGCUUUGUUGUUCCAAAUAAAUGUACUUUUAGAUAUUUUGUAUUAGAAGUAUCCAUGAGAUUUGUGAUCAGGUCAUUAUCAUCAUAUCUGUAUCAAAGAACCAUGAGUGGUUUUAUUCCUUUCAAGCAAAACUUGGCAUUGGAAGCUUAGAAAUUCAAUCCGAAACUCAAGACCACAAAGGGUUCAACUUGCCUUCCA